CCUGCCUAAACGUUGGAGGGAUCGCUCAAUUUUAUUGCACCAGACUGAAGUAAGGGUGAAAUCUGACUUUCACUGUCAGUGACUUAAACGCAUCUUUCACUGUUAAGGGAAUCACCUUGCAACAAAAACAGUCAAACCUCCACAAUCAACAUGGCAAUGUUACAAAGAGGUCAUCAAGUAAUGUUAACCGUGGCAAGGCAAUAUGCUGUGAGGCAUUUCAGAUCAGCACCGCUUUUGUCAAAUGCCGGCAGAACUCAAAAUGAAUUCACAGGUUUGGAAAACUGUUUUAUUUGGGAUGACAAGCAUGGUUUUGGAUUUAACAAAGAUGGAGAAGUUGUAAUUGUCACACCUAAUACACUUACUGCAAAUCCAGUGUUCAAUUCUGAGAACUUCAAUCUAACAUCUCCAGAACUGGAUGAGAAAACCGCAGAGGAAAAUCAGAUUAAACAACUGAUCCUGGAUGUGAAAGAUGCCUCAGGGCCAUUCAAUGCUAGUGAACAUCACUAGCGGAGUGAAGAAAUGUUACGAAGUGAUGGUAAAGACCUAAGGAAAUCACCUUCAGUCCAUGCAAUAUUUAAACUGAAGCAAAAUGGAGAUUUGUAGCAUGUACAUGUAUGCAUACAAUGUCUAGAAAGUUACAACCCACAUUACUUUCAUAAUGACGAGCCUUUUUCUAACAAUGCCAUGGGAUGGUGCUAUUUUUGAAGGUGUCACCCCACAAAGUUGUUUGUUACAAAAAAAUUAAUUGUUACCAACAUGAAAUUAAAUGCAGAGCACUUUCAUAUAUUUCAUUCAUAUAUUUACAGAAUAAUGAGGUUCUGCCCUUGAGAGUUUAGUAUGUUGGAAAUCAAAUGACCUAUCUGAAAACUCUCUUUUCUUAGUUGUUUGCUAGUUAAAGGCAAAUCAUGUCAAACUUUUAUUUGAUAUUCUGAAAACUUUUAAUUUGGUCACUAUUUUCAGAGUAUCUAUUUUCAUGGAGGGAAAGGGGAUGUGUAACUCACUAGUUGAACAAUAGGGGAAUCCUGCCAUUUAACACUGAUCUAAGUUUUUGUAUUAACAUACACACAAAAGUUAUCAUCAUCACUUACAGCAUUUUAUAAUGACAUGUACACAUUACUAUGAAUAGCUACCAAAGUUUUGUACCCGAAAUGUUUAUUUGUUUGUAAAAGAAUGAGAUUUUGUAAUGUAAGGGAAAAAAGCCUUCAUUUUAGUGUGAAAUGUUGUGACUACACUCUUGAGUAAACAGAAUCUUUUUAACAUUAUAAACAUUGUCAAAUUUCAAAUCAGUUUACCAUAUUUAUUAAAAUAUUAGAGCAAAUUGUGUUUUUGUUUAACAAAACUUACUCAAUCUUCUUUUAGAAGGGAGUUGAAGUGGUAUUAAUUUCCAUUGUAGAUUUUUGUAGGGUUGCAAUACAAUUGCUUUCAAAGCAUUGUUUCAAAUAAUAGCUUGAUUGUUUAGCCCAGUCAAGUACCUACUAAUUUAAAUUUACCUUGUACAGUUUUGAGUAAUAAAUAUUUAUUUCUAUCAUUUAUUUCA